UGCUGAGGCAUCGCAACCCACCAUAUAUACCCUAUUUCAUUUUUCACUGUGUAGCUUAGGCAGUGUCUUCAUUUCUUCCACAAGUGUGUCUUGGUCCUCUUCUUCUUCCUCCUCUCAACAGGUUGUGAACCGCAAAAAAACGCCAAGAUGUCUGACAAAAAGAUGAAUUCCAGCCGCAGGCAUCACCUGAAGAGUCUGAUCCUGUCGAUCGCUCAGAAAUGGCUGGAAACGGAGAAGAAGGAAGACAUCGCGGCGAAGGAGGCCUACAUGGCCGAAAACUGUCCUGCCCCGAAGACCAGCGGAGACCAGGCCACCCUGAUGGAAUUCUGCAAGAAGCUCCACGGCAUCAUUGACAAGAUCGAUGAGGAGAGAUAUGACAUCGAGUCCAAAGUGCAGAAGUGUGACAAAGAGAUUGAAGACCUGAGGAUCAAAGUGGUGGAUCUGAGAGGAGUGAAGAAACCCGCUCUGAAGAAAGUGCGUAUGUCUGCCGACACCAUGCUGAAGGCUCUGCUGGGCUCCAAGCACACAGUCAACAUGGACCUGAGGGCCAACCUGAAGCAGGUCAAGAAGGAGGUCAAAGAGGAGCCGACAGAAGCUGCUGGCGACUGGCGUAAGAACAUUGAGGAUAAGGCCGACAGGAAGAAGAUGUUUGAGACCGCCUAAACGUAUCGCUGCUGUUUGUCUUUGUGUUUAUAUGAACUCCACGUGUGUUGGUUGAAGCCGGUGGUACUGAACAGCAGCAGGUUAGCGUGUCUGAGAGGAGUCGCUCUGAAGGAAAGUUAAAGCUGUUUGAGGAUUUUAUUUUUUAUUUUAUUGUCUGGCGCUUUGUUUGUCUGGAUGGAGGAGGAGGAGGUUCACACACAACACCAAGUCUUAAACUCCACACAUUCAGGGAAACAUUCACACUAACUGAACCAUGUUGAAUAAAAACAAUAAAGUCAAAUGUGGAAGAAAAUGA